UUGGGAGGAUGCAAAAUUAAUUGAAGUGACAUAAACUGUCCUCAGACUAAAUAAAUGAAUCAACGUUCUUUAUGUUUCCUUCUCGUAUUGUUGAAAGAAUCUCUUGGAUGUUGCAUCUGAUUGUAGAGUUUUGUUAGGUCGGUGGUAAAAAAUAUGGCAUCCAAAUUAAGGCCCGAGAAAAUUUGGUUUUUUGAUGUGACAGAUCCCCAGCUUCAUCCCAGUGGUUUCACUAUUUACAGAGUAACAUGCAAGGUAUUCCCUGUCAGUAAUCCAGAAAGUCUAACAGAGACUGUUAUUUGGAAGAGAUACAAUGACUUUAAACAGUUGUUCAAGGCAAUGUUUUCACUUCAUAGAGCUCUACAUCGCAGAGAUAAAUUUCCAGAAUUUGCUAAACCUAAAUUAUUUGGAAGAUUUGAAGAAAGUGUAAUAGAAGAAAGAAGACAAAGUGCUUUACGUUUAUUGAAGUUUAUCAGCGAACAACCUCACCUGAGUAACUCACUUGUUCUUCAAAAGUUUUUAGAGGGAGGUAAAAAACUUCCAUCAUCUACAUUUUACACUGAUAGUGCUAUACUCAAACCUCAUAAGAUAGACUUACUAUCUGAUGAUGGACAUGCCACUGGUCAACCACCAGAUAUCGUACCAAUAACUGUUACUGAUGUACACAAACAAGAUGUCCGAUCUCCGAGUGAAGAGAAGUCUACGACAAGUAGUGUUAGUGAAGGACCUACGUGUAGUUCCAGUAGUGGACAAGAUGGACUAGAUGUUGAGUCUAAACCUUUAGAAGGAACAUGGAAUUUUCCUCAAGUACCUGACAAUAUCAGUUUGGGUUCCUCAACGGGAGAAGAUACAGAUUUAGAUUCAGCGUUUGGAACUCCACUAAAAGAUUCAGAACUGUCUGUCUUUGAUCCUAUUUUAAUGAAAUCAUGCGACGUCAGUGAUCUAAUAGACGGAGAUGACGAUAUCUUAAGAGUAAUUUCAGAUCUGCCAUCUGUCAGCACAUCACAGUCAUCAUCUCUUCGUGGGAGUAAAGAAAAUCUUUUAGAUAGUUCUAGCCACGGGCAUGGUGAUCUAGAAAUUGAUUUAAAGGAAUUUGACCCGUUAAGAAGUCGAACUCCGUCGAGUGUUGAGUGUGGGAAAGGGGACAUUGAUCUGUCAAACUCUAGUCAAAGGUCAAGUAGCGUUAAUUCUGUGACCAGUUUACCCUCAACACCAAUUAAAUCAGGUCGCUCCACUCCGAGAGGUCACAGUCCAGUUGUCAAAAAUCGUUCAGAUACCCAAUCCAGUGUGUCAUCGUUGACCCAGACAAAGGGGGAUUAUUUAGUUGUGGCUGCUAGUCAGAUUGGAAUGGCCCAAGAAUGUGAAGUAAAUGGUAAUUUUGAAAUGGCGUUUGCUUAUUAUAAGAUUGGUGUUGAUGUGUUAAUACAAGGUGUCCAAGCUGAUACAGACAAAUAUAGACAGGAUGCUGUACGUAGAAAAACAGCUCAAUAUUUACUCAGAGCUGAAGAACUUUAUAGUAAUUAUUUAGCUAAAGAAAGUUUAGAUGAUUUUAGAUGGGCUGCCAGCAGUUGUAUAUCACCAAACUUAGAAUUAGAUCCAUCAUUUGCUUUUAUUCGAGGGUCCAUGUCUGAAUUAAGAAACUAUAAAGUAUUAGGUACUAUUGAUAGUGUUAUUUUAGUGAUGGACAAACUUUUAGAUGAAACCUAUGUUAUUAAGACUGUUCAUAAAUCAAGUGCUCAAUUAGAGUCGAAUAAAACAUGUCUACUGCCGACGUCCUGUCCUUAUAUGUGUAAUCUGAUUAAAUUCUUUGAGACGGAGAACGCUGUUUAUCUGCUACUGCAGUAUGCUUCCGGGGGUAAAUUGUGGAACUAUAUCGGUGCAUAUUUACACAGUAGAACUACGAGUGGGUUCGAGGAUGGCGUCGUGGGAACGGAUAUCCCUGCAUAUAAAAAUGUCUACACAGGCUCAAAGCUUAAUGCUGAUGCAUCAGACGAAAUGAUUAAAAGUGAAGAAAGAACAAAAACACUGACAAAUUCAGAACAAUAUUUAGUUUUAAGUGAAACAGAAAAUGGAACAAUGAAAUGUGAAGAUUCUGCCGGCGAAAAUCCGAUUUCUAUUCCAAAACUAUCAAAUAAGGAUGAAAGUCCGACUGAAGUUGAAAGUUUAACAGAGGAAAGCUCUACAGAUCCAUCAACUUCUAGUAGAGUUGUUAGAAAGAGACUGUCCUCAUUUUCGUCUGCAGAAUUGACAUUUGAUGAUUCCGUUUCUGAAGCCUCGAAAAGCAUUAGCCAUGACGAUCAUUUUGAAGAGGUGUUAGGGAAUAAUAAGCCAUCGAUUCAAAAUUUUACGAUUAAUAGUUUUGAUAGUAGUAGCGAUAUGUAUCAGCGCAUGGAUAGCAACACCAGUGGUACAUCUGAGCAUAUCAACAGUAUACCGGAAGAGUCAUCUCCCUUGGAAGAAAAGUCAGCCAUGAACAAUUCACCUGGUCUGGAUCCAAGCACUGCUGAUGUUUUAGAUGACGUUUUUGAUUCAGAGAAAUUGGAGAAUGAGGACUCCAACAAUUCUAAUAAUUCGGAUGCCAGUGAAAUCAUCCGAUCAUCGAAAGCUUUAAUAAAAUCUGUGGACAGAGUUUUAUCGGAUUCUGGACAUUUAGAACAAUCUGACAGACGGUCUAUUAGCUUAUCUCCCCCUGAAAAAGCUGCGAAUAUAUCCCACGAUUCUGAUGAACCGAGCAUUUACGAUUUACAUAAACCGUCAGACGACAGUACUAGUGAUACGAGUGAAUUCGAUUCAAAACAUUUAGUUUUAGAUCAGCAGGUGACUUCUGAGACGAAAAGCAAAGAUCCAAAACGGCAAUUAAGUGGACUUAAUGUAGACUGUGAUAAUUUGGAUGAAAGUGAAUCGAGCGAUCAGAAACUUACAUCACCAUCUGAAUUAUCUCUUCAAAUUAAAGAUUGCAAUAUUAAUGUAGAUAAAGGUGCCGAAAAAUCUGUGAAAGAGACAUCAACGAGUACGAGUCUUCAACAGGGAAGAAAACGAACAUUAAGUCGUCUAAAUUCUAAAACUUUAACUCGUUCUGCAUCAUUUGAAUGUGAUUUGAAAUCUCCUACGAAAAAUCGUGCGCGAGCUGUGUCUAAUUUAUUUGAUCAGUUAGAUUCUGUGGAACCGGAACAAGUGAGAUUAUUAGAAUCGUGUAUUAGACAAUGGGCAGCAGAAAUAGUUGUAGCCGUUUCUAAAUUACAUCAUGUAGGAAUAAUCUGCAGAGAUUUAAAUCCUGAUAAUAUAUUACUAGGAGAUCAUGGUCAUGUGAUGUUAACAUAUUUCUCUAGAUUACCUCAGGUAGAUGAAGUAAUUAACCCACUAGCUGCUCAACAAUUAUAUGUUGCACCAGAAGUGCUAUCGGUGAAUGGUUUUGAUGAAACUUGUGAUUGGUGGAGUUUAGGUGCCUUAUUAUACGAACUAUUAGUCGGGCAGACAUUAUUAAUGUGUCAUCCAGGGGGAAUUAACUCUCAUACCCAGCUAUACAUUCCUUCACAUGUAUCACCAGAAGCUCAAGGUCUUUUACAGGAGUUAUUAUGUUAUAGUGCUAAAGAAAGACUUGGAUCCAGUUUAGAUGGAGUAGAAGCUAUAAAAUCACAUCCUUUUUUUAAUGGAAUCAAUUGGAAUGCCAUCGAAGGAUGUCGAUCAUAUUAGUAUUAAUUUAUAUCCUCAAUUAAUAAAUUAUAGUUGUUAUUGUUAAAACUUUUUAAUUUUUAAGACUAAAGAAUACUGUACAUCAUUACUGAUUGACUUUGAUCAAUCAAAUCUAGAGAAUACGUGUACAUUAUUGCUGAUUGACCUUGAUCAAUCAAUUUUGUUUUAUGAUUUGGAAGUGCUACAAGAUAGAUAUUGUUGAUGUUAGUUGCAAUCACUACUGUGUAUUAAAAUAGAAGAUUUCUGUCAUUUACUGAGUGUAUUUGAAAUGAAUAGGAGUUGGCUUAAAUAGGCAUUAUGCAAGAGCUAAAUCUGCCUAUUGCAGGUCUUUCUUUAGGCCUUAAAUGUUAUAUAACUAUUAAUUCGACAUUAAUUAACGUAUCCAGACCAUAAUCAACUCUUGAUGCCUUCAGAUAUCUCCGAUAUUAAGUAGAUUAGAACCGUUCAGUCAUUUAAUGAUUUAGUCUAAAAAUAAAGAAGUGAGGCUGAGCUUUGAACAACCAGUACAGUGGUUAUACAAUCAAUGCACACAUCUUGUCAAACCUUCAUAGGCUAAUAUCUAUUAUUAACAACCGAAGAAAGAUCAUCCUCUACAAUACUCUAUGUAUCGAUUGUGUUUGUUCUUUUCUUAAAGAUACAUUAUGGGAGAUUAGAUAACGAGUUGGCAGUUCUAACUAUAAUAGUUAAAAACUAGAUAAUGUUAAGGCAAUUUGCUGAAAAUUUCAUUCAAAUUGAUCUACUAUGAGCCGAGAAUUAAGCGAUUGAAAUUUCCGCCUAGCCUCGAUCAUCAUUACUAAAGUUAGUAUGAUAAACAGCAUAGUCUCGAUUAUCCAUUUAAUCAUUAAAUCGCGAAGGAAAGUUAUGCAGUAAAUCAGCUCAUAAUCCACUAAAGAUCACAGGCUAGCGAUGCCAUCAAGAGUUGAUUAUGGUCUGGAUAGGUUAAUUAAUGUCUAAUUAAUAAUUUAGAUAACAUUUCAGGCCUAAAGAAAGACCUGCAAUAGACAGAUUUACCUCUUGCAUAAUGUAUGUUUAAAUUAUUAUCUGAUUUACAUCGUACAAAUCAACACAACAUUUUCUCCUACUUGUCGUCAACAACCAUGGGAUUAAACUCACAUUGUAUAGAUGAUAAUCAUAUCUUUCUGCCACCCUGCUGCAGAAUCUCAGAGGUAUUGGUGCAAUAUUUGUUUGUAUGUUAUAAUUGUUAAACUAAAAUCGCAUUCUUUGAAAAUUAUAUAAUUUAAAGUCUUGAUAUGAAUUUAAUGCAUGACUUAUAUAAAUUGUUUCAAUGGCAUUUGGUAAUUGAACUGGGAUAUACAGGUCACAAUUCUAUGGAAUACAGUUACUGAGUGACGUUUUGACUAAGCAUGAUAUUUAACUAAUCCAAGUUUUCAUUUCUUUCUCUGUUAGUGUUAGAUAUUUAAUAUACAGGUCACAAUUCGUACGUAACGAACGUAUGAAAAUUAAUUGGUGUCUAGCUUUUUUUUCGCACGUAUACAGUGAAUGGCCAUUUUGCUCAGUAAUUCCAGCCAGAAUUUGGCUAUUUUCUAAACUUGCGUUAAAGUUUAAAAUAUUUGUUUUAGAACUGAAAUAAAUUAACUAUUAGUGAAUCCCAACGCUAAAAACAUCAACAGAAUUGAUGGUGUAUAUCUGAAAAAGACACAACAGACGCACAAAAUAGUGCCAAGAUGGCAGCCUCUAUGAACCUAUGAACGACGUCAAUUCUAUGAGUUGUAGAUGUUAUUUUUGUGAAAAAUCAUUGGAAGAAGAGAGAACAUGUUGGGACUGGACGAAUUAUAUAGUCUUUAUGGGUGCAAAGGAAACAAUGCUGAAAAUAAACCUAUUGUUUACAAUUUAACAUGUUGUUGACCUCAUGACCCAUUGACGUCAAUGUCAUGACCUGUGUAGAUCAGAUGUUCAGAAUGGUCACAAUUCUAUGGAAUACAAUUACUGUUUAUUACUGAGCGACGUUUCGACUGCCAUUCUGUCGUCAUUCUGUAGUCAUAAUCAAAUACAUAGCACACAAUUCUAUGAAAUACAAUUACUGUUUAUUACUGAGCGAUGUUUCUACUGCCAUUCUGUCGUCAUUCUGUAGUCAUAAUCAAAUACAUAGCACACAAUUCUAUGAAAUACAAUUACUGUUUAUUACUGAGCGACGUUUCGACUGCCAUUCUGUCGUCAUUCUGUAGUCAUAAUCAAAUACAUAGCACAAAAUUCUAUGAAAUACAAUUACUGCUUAUUACUGAGCGACGUUUCGACUGCCAUUCUGUCGUCAUUCUGUUGUCAUAAUCAAAUACAUAGCACACAAUUCUAUGAAAUACAAUUACUGCUUAUUACUGAGCGAUGUUUCGACUAGGCUUCUCUAGAAUUGUGACCUGUAUAUGAAAUAAAAUGAAAUGAAAUGGAGUUUAACAUCCUACUUUUCUGCUCCGACUAGGCUAAUGAAGACAGGACCUGUUUAUGACUUAUGUAUGUCAUAAAUUAUUUUAAUGGCCUAUUUUUAGUUACAUCAGCACAUAUCAUCUCAUGUUUUUACUUGUGCUGCAGGUCUUGAAACAGUGUUUAUGAAUUUGUGGCAGUUUUUCCUUAGAGAAUAGGAUCAAUUAUUAUCGUCACUUGAAGUUUAUUUACCAUGUUACAUAACUCAUUAAUGAGAUUUAUUUUUAAUUAUAUCAAUUAACAUCAUUAUCUAAUAGCUGACCCAUAACAAUUUGUAGAUUACCCCCACAAUAUAUUUUGUCAACAUCACUAUUCAUAUAAUUUAUUCAAAAUAUUGCAGUUAAAUUUUUUUAAGGGUGGCUACAUCUUUUGGAAUCGACCAUAGUAUGCACGAACAGCCCUUUUCUUACAGACAACAUUUCCCAGUAAUGAAGUAUUAGUGUUGUGAUUGUUGAAUAAUCUGCUGGUAUUUAGUUCAUGAACUGGUAUACCCUUUACUUCUCGUAUUUUUGAGUGGAUUCGUCCUUAGUCAGUGUUCUAACCUCUGUAAUAUAUUUUGUACCUUCUACAUUACUUAUAUUUUAAUAUUGGUCACAAUAAAAAAAAAAAUGUCAUCAUUGAUCAUGAAAUUUCUACUUUUAUCAUUAACAUUGAUCAUUGAAUUCCUUCUUUGAUUAACAUCAGCAACGAUAAUUUGAUUUCUACUUAAUACUUCUAUUAAAGAGGGGUAAUACGAGGGCUAAAUUUGACUAUCGCCGACCUUUUAUGUAGUAUAUAAAUUCUGAUUAAGGUAUUUAUAUGACAACCCCAUAAUCAACUCUCUAGAUCAUCAGAUGGCGACUCUACUCCUUGUCACUUACAACCAGGGAAUCAAAACCAUGCCAGUUGACUCAAUGACAGACCUUAUGAUACAGCAUGCGUGCUAACCAUUCGGCCAUCCAACCCCCCCCAUGUCAGAUGUAUGUUGGUAUAACUUGACAUUGUGAAGCUGACAUCAUUUUUUCUCAUCAAAAAUCACUUAAAGAUGCAUUACAUAAGUUUAGUUCUAGCUAUAAUAGUUCCAAAAUAGAUAAUGCAAAAUUAAAAUAUUUAAAAUAACUUUAUUUUGAGCAAAGUUAUCACGGUUUGAAGUUUUGACAAGAUGUGGCAUAGAUUGUUUAUUAUCGUAGCGACACUACAGGUUAAUCAAGUUUCGACCUUUAUUCACCAUUUUUUAAUUAAAUCAUUAAUGGAAACCAUGUUUCAAUCUGUUUAUAUCUCCACCAUCCAGUGGUCUCGAGAGUUUAUUAUGGGCUUGUCAUAUGAACAAAUGUCUAAAUAAUAAUUUAUAUAUUUGACACCAAAAUAAAGACCUGCAAUAGGCAGAUUUACCUUUAAUAUCGACUUAAUUUCAUAAUGUGAUAUUAACGAUACAUGUAUAUUGGUAUAAUUUGACAUUAUGAAGCCGAUAUCAUUUUUUUUCUGAUCAAAAUUGUCCUAACCUUUGGUAUAUGUAAAUAUUGACUUAAAGAGAAAAGUGAAGUAUAAAACUGCUGUUCUUUAGACGGACCGUGAUAUGUGAAUAGAUUAGGACCAUUUUGUGUACGUCACAGCUAUGCAUGUGAAAUGACGAUUUCAGGAGGUCUUAAACGCUGAAAGGUUAAUAUAGACUUAAUUGAUGAUGUGAUAUAAUUAAUAUAUAUAUAUAUAUUAUGUUGAUACGGUUAUUAGGAAUUUCUGUUUUUGUUUUGUUAAUAUCUAGUAUAUAUAUAUAUAUAUAUAUAUAUAAUUCAGAUAUGUUGGUGCAUCUCUCCAAAAUUCCAUUUUGUGUUGUAUAAAUAAAGUACUUUUGUCA